AUGAGCAAGAACAAGGACCGGCUAAGCGAAGCCAUGUGCCGCCUGCCACAGUACCAGGACAGCUAUCCCGUGCCAUCUCAGUGCGAUAACCAGGGGGAGGAGAAGAUCGUCCAUAUUCGCUCGUACGACACUGCGAUCAGGUUGUGGAUGGCACAGGUACACCCACUCAUCGAGCAGGUCCAGUCACAGGUCCAAGCUCUGGAAGAGAAGAAAGAAGAGCACGACGAGCAAGUACGACUUGUGGAAGAGGCCAGUCUGAAGAUCACAGAAGCUGCCACUGCUUCUGCUGAAUCCGUAAGACGGGUUCACGACACGUUCGAGGAGCUACAGCAGUCCAAUGAGAAGGUCGAUGAACGCUUGUCCGCCUUGCACAGCUCUUUCGCUGAGCUUCUUGACAAGCACAAGAAGCUCCACGGGGCUGUGGAGUCGGACACUCUUUCCGAACGCGACUGGCAGCCCGACCAGGCAUUCCGCUCAGAAGCACCCGCCGAGGGGCUCAAAGCGGAGAUUAGCACUCUGGGGAGCAGGAUGAAGAAGAUCGACCACCAGAUCGACCUUUGCAAGAACCAGCUCGACGGCAUUCGAGUCCGCAGGGUUCCCAUGGCAAACAUUUCCUUCCGCUGGACUCUUGACAACCACGAGAUAUCUGCCUCAUUGCAGGAGCUUGCCGCUCGCAACGACAACACCCUGAAGCGCACCGACCGGAACCGACAACAGCUGCAGGACCUCCGUUUCCAGCUCGAUGCUGCGCAAACAGUAGCCCCUCAAGCAUCACCUUUGCCAGCGCCGGAGGACCUCGUCCAGCAGAUCCUCGCCAAGGUGCUGCCGGAGAUACACAACUCGGUGUCGGAGUCGCUCGGUACACUCAAAUUGGGUGUCAAAGAAACGCUUGAGUCCACUCAGGCAGCCUUCGACGCUGCAGUCACAGAGGCCGUCGCUCCUAUAUCACACUUUGUGGCCGCCCUCUCGGUCAAAAAGGCUUUCACCGUAUUCCUUGGCACGUAUUCCUCCUCCUCUCCCCCAUUCGUCAACGCGCCACCCCGAACUAUGCCGCCGAAGAGAAAAGCCACAGACGACUACUACGCGGUCCCGACCCCGACGACGACGCCGAGGGGUCGCGCAAACGCGUCGACAUCGCACUCUGCCGGUGCGGGUGCAGGCACCGCACGCGACCCCAUCCCCGUAGACACGCCACCCAAGGCGAAGAGGGCGCGUAGCACGAAGGAUUCGAGCGCGCCAGCGCCCGAGAAGCGAGGCGCCAUAUUCAAGAAGGCGUGCCCGAAGAACAUCAUCGAGCGGGUCGAGCGAGUCAUGUCCCAGAGGUUCUUCAUGAUAGACCGACAGAGAAACCCAAACGAGCUGAAGGAGUCGUUCGGCGUUCUAGGAUCAACCGGUAACGUGUACACGGUGGUGAUCGAUAAGAAGCCUUCUUGCGACUGUCCAGACGCCACGAAGGGCAACCACUGCAAGCACAUUCUUUUCAUCUUCCUCAAAGUACUCCAAGUGACCCAGGCAUCCGGUCACUGGUACCAGAAGGCCCUCCUCACCUCUGAGCUUGAAGAGAUCUUUGCCAAUGCUCCUGCUGCACCGGGCGCCACCGCUCACGCACGCGUCCGAGAGGCGUACGCUAAUGCCACCGGCAAGCAAGUUGGCUCAACCUCCCAGGAUGCAGGGAAGCGCCGCAUGCCCGCGAAAGACGACAUAGGACCGUGGGCCACGCAAGGCACUGCUGGCGGCUCGGCGAGUGUUUCCUCAGAGGGGUACCUCAACCUCAGUGCCGUAGCGGGGAUCGACUCCGAGCGCGAUACCAGCUCCUACUACGACGGCCCCACUCGUGGAAGCCGCUACUACGGCUAUCGGAUGCCACGCGGUCCCUGUUACUACCGCUAG